UACGUGCUGGCCACAUCAUCGUCACAGUGAAGAGACAGAGAGAGUAGAGAGAGAGGUGGAGGAGAGAGAGAGGGGAACGAGCUACGAAGCGGGCGCGGGCGCGGCGGGGCACGGCUAGCAUGGGCAACAGCCUGCGGUGCUGCCUGGCGUGCGUGCUUCCCUGCGGCGCGCUGGACAUGGUGCGAAUCGUGCACCUCAGCGGCCGCGUCGACGAGUACGGCCGCGCGGUGUCGGCGGGGGAGGUGCUGGCGGCGCACCCCAACCACGUGCUCAGCAGGCCGUGCUCGUCGCCGCAGGGGGUGGUGCGGAGGAUCCUCAUCGUGUCGCCGGACUCAGAGCUCGAGCGCGGGGAGAUCUACUUCCUCAUCCCGGCGGCGUCCGUGCCCGACGCCAAGAAGGGCGGCGGGGGAGGCGGCGGCGCCGGCACGCCGGGCCGGCAUGUUCGUAGCAAGUCGGAGGGCAGCGUCGUCGUCAGUGACCGGCAGCUGGGGCUCGCCGGCGCCGGCGGCGCGUCGCCGGAGUUGAAGGCGCCGGCGAAGAAGAGGACGGCCGCGCAGCAGCACCGGAGGCGCAUGAGCACCGGUAGCCACGCCGCGCCGUGGCAGCCGCACCUCGCCUGUAUCGCCGAGGACCUCUGAUCGAGCAGGUGCUCGCCCGUAUGGUGUGAUCAGUCGAUGCUGCAGUUCCCAUUUCUUUCCCAUGUAAAAAUUUCGUCAGUGUCUUCUUUUUGUUGCUUGUGUUUGUCGUUCAAAGUGUAAAUUCAAGUGCCACGAGUUGAUCUUCUUGAAUCGAUUUUUGAACUUUGUAAUUUUUUUUCCGUUUCGGGUUGAAGAGUGAAGAGUGUUCCUGCAUUUUUCUCUUGAGGAACUAGUAGAAACAGUGACAAAAGGAGGCAAAAUCAAACUUGUGCCUAUUCAAAACCAGAAAUUGUAUAUAAAAAAGCUUUAUGUUCCA